UUGGGGAGAAUGGCUGCCAGUGGAGACGUUGGAAAGCUGUUACAGGUACAGAAUGGAACUCCAGCAAGCUCAAGCUACAGCGGGGUAGAUGCCCUACAUGCCUGUAAUAUCCUCCAGCAGCUUAAAGCCUUGUACGACGAAGCUCAGCUGACUGACAUUGUCGUGGAAGUCGACCAUGGCAAGACAUUCUCUUGUCACAGAAAUGUCCUUGCUGCCAUCAGCCCGUACUUCAGAUCCAUGUUUACAAGUGGCCUUACAGAGAGCAGUCAGAGGGAGGUGCGAAUUAUUGGAGUGGAGUCAGAGUCCAUGCAUCUUGUUCUGGACUAUGCUUACACCUCACGGGUCACCCUCACUGAGUCUAACGUGCAGGCCCUGUUCACCGCCGCCAGCAUCUUCCAGAUCCCAGCCCUCCAAGACCAAUGUGCCCAGUUUAUGGUCAGCCGUUUGGACCCUCAGAACUGCAUUGGGGUCUUUAUAUUUGCUGAUGCCUAUGGCCACCAGGAGUUGCGGGAGCGCUCACAGGACUACAUCCGCAAGAAAUUCCUAUGUGUGAUAGGAGAGCAAGAGUUUUUUCAUUUGACCAAAGAGCAGCUGGUCAGCAUUCUCAACAGUGAUGAUUUGAAUGUGGAAAAAGAGGAGCAUGUGUACGAAAGCAUAGUGCAUUGGUUGGAGUAUGACUGCCUGCGCCGGGAGGCAGAUUUACCUGAGGUUUUUGCAGAAUGCAUUCGCUUGCCCCUCUUGGAUGAAGCCUUUCUGACCCGUAUACCCCCAGCCUUUGCCCUGGCCUUGUCCAGCGAUUCCUCGUAUAAGGGCCGACUCAAUGGCACCAAUGGCUGCUCACAGCGGCUGGGUAUGACAGCGUCCGAGAUGGUGAUCUGCUUCGACGCGGCUCACAAGCACUCAGGGAAGAAGCAGACGGUGCCUUGCCUGGACAUUUCUGCCGGGAAGGUGUAUAAGUUGUGCAAGCCACCCAAUGACCUCCGAGAGGUCGGCAUCUUGGUCUCAUCAGAGAAUGACAUCUUCAUCGCUGGAGGCUAUCGGCCAAGCAGUAGCGAGGUGUGCAUCGACCACCGUGCAGAGAGCGACUUCUGGCAGUACGAACAUGCUGGGAACAGGUGGCUCCCACGUUCACCCAUGCUGCGGGCACGCAUCGGCUGCAGGCUGGUGCACUGCUGUGGGAAACUCUUUGCUCUUGGCGGUCGAGUUUAUGAAGGGGACGGACGAAAUGCUUUGAAAUCUGUGGAGUGCUAUGAUGCUAGAGACAACUGCUGGACAGCAGUCAGUCCCAUGCCUGUGGCCAUGGAGUUCCACAGUGCAGUAGAAUAUAAGGACCGCAUCUAUGUAUUGCAAGGAGAGUACUUCUUCUGUUUUGACCCUCGCAAAGACUACUGGGGGCAUUUGCCAGCCAUGAAAGUCCCCCGUACUCAAGGCUUGGCCGCCCUGCAUAAAAACUGCAUCUACUACAUAGCAGGCAUAUGUAGGAAUCACCAGCGCACGUUCACUGUGGAGGUGUAUGACAUCGAGCAGAACACCUGGUGCCGAAAGAGAGACCUCCCCUUUGACCAAGCAGCCAGCCCAUACAUCAAGAUCCUUCUGCUUCAGGAUCGAUUGCAUCUGUUCGUUCGAGCUACGCAAGUCAUGGUAGAGGAGCAUGUGUUUCGAACCAGCCGCAAGAACUCUCUCUACCAGUAUGAUGACGAAGCCGACCAUUGGACAAAGGUCUACGAGACGCCGGACCGCCUCUGGGACCUUGGCCGCCAUUUUGAAUGUGUGGUGGCCAAACUAUACCCUCAGUGUCUUCAGAAAGUGCUGUGAACGGCGAGGAAGAGGAGAUUGUGACAUGACAUGUUGUUUAAAACAGCUGAUAUAUAUUUUUGGAAAAGGCAAUGGUAAUGCUGUUCUACUCUUGGUGCUGCCUGUGUCCCCAACACAAGAGCUUAAGGGGAAGUCUUAAAAAGCGUUAAUGGUUUCAAUCAAUAAGCUGAGGGUGCUGUUUGAAAAUGUAAAAAAAAAAACUGCAGUAUUUUACAUUAGACAGUUGUGCUCAAAGCACUCACACUAUCACUUGUUUAACAGUUUGAAAAGGUAAAUCAUAAGUGCAAUUAUGAUAUUUUUGCUGAUGUUGAGUAUUUCUGUUUAUUAUAUCUUUAAAAUGCAAGUUGAGUGGUUUUAGUUGUUUUGGCAUGCUAUGUUGAGGGAUAGGAACAGCUAAGGGCAAGCAUAUGUCCUAAUAUGCUUGUAUGUCAACAAAUUAUAUAUAAAAAAAAAUAGGUGUGAAAAUAUAUAAAGCUAUAAAUAUUUAUACGGGUUUGAUGAGCUGUUUUGCUCACUGUUAAUGUGAGUACUAAAUUUGUAUUUCUUUCAGAAAUUUCAGGAUUUCUUUAUUGUAAGUUGGUCCUCCAUGCCGCCAACAAAUAGACUAGUGGUUUGCUGGAGAAUUUAGUUGGGACAUUUUGCUUGGCAAAUUAAUUUUGGUUACAAGAUGUACAUGUUGGUGGCUGUUAUUUUAAAUAAUUAACUUUUUUUUUUUUUCACCCAGUUUAAAAGUCAACCUGUGUGCUAUAUGCAUUGACAGUUUUUAAUUUUCUUUUGGAUUCUACUUUUAUGGUGAUUCAUUGAGUGCAGCUUCCUUGUUGAAAACUGUAUCUUUGCUAUGUUGCAUCACCAGCCAGAUCUUUAGUGAGCUUACAAAGUAAUACUCAGUCUCCAUAUUGGAGAAGUGAAAGGAUACCAGCCUUAUGUGUAGCUGAAAUCAAAAGUGGGCAAUUUGUUAAUAGCCAAAACCCAACAAAAGAAAUCAGAUAAGGACAGGAGAGAACAUCGACCAGGUCGAGAUGAUGAUAGUUGGCCAAAAUGUGGAUGCUUAACAUUCCACUACCAUUUAUUGAAGGACUCCUUACUGUAUAUUCAAAACACAUGGGUGCAGUCUAAUUAAAAAUGCCAAAAUAUGUUCUCAACCUGCAUCUCUUGGGCAGCAAUAACAGGUGUGUUUGUCAUUGUUCCUUGGAUAAAGUGCAUUAGGAACUUAAGUGUAACUGCAAUUAAGUUUUCAGUAAUUAUUCCAGAAUCAUGGCCUUUGAAUUUCUUUUAGUGGUUAGAGUUGGUUACAGUUGGGUGUUGGGAGUCAGAUAGAUUUGUUGUAGUUUUGCUAUCCAGAGAUGUUACAGUGCCUGUUAACAAAAACCCAGGCAUCAGACUUCGGUCCUUGGCUUAGUAAUGGAGAAUGUAAAGCCUAUGUGAAAUGCUUUUGGUGAGUUUGACUUUUCAAAAGGCCUAUUUUGCAAAUAAAUACAUUCCUGUUAUAUUAGUUUCCAAUACUACAACAAUCUUGGUAAAUGAACAGGCUUUUUAUCCCACGCCAAUCUUCCAGUCUCAUGCUAUAGAAGAGAAUUGUUUUUGGUGCUGCUUUUUUGACAAUCUUGUACAGAAUAUACAUUGAUUUUACAGCCAUUUGUCAAAGGAUUUUUCAUUGCUCUUUACCUCCAAAUGUCAGUCUUAUAAGUUGUUGUCUCUAAAAUUUUAUUCAUGUUUAUUGUGUCAUAUGCAGGUUCCCUGUGGCACACCGAUUUUGCACUACAUUAUCUCCCUUGAAUCAAUUUCCACUCUAAACCAUCUCAGAAUACAGCGCUCUUUUUUCUUUUUUUUUUUCAGACACAGGGCAUGGUAAAUGCUACCUUUGAAUGACAGCUAAUGUUCUCCCAUGUUGGGUUUUACUCUUUGGCACCUCCAAGACCGAGCUUCAUCUGUAGCUUUGGUGAAGGGAGAGGGAUGAGAAAUUGCAUUGGCUUUGGUGCAGUUGUCUGCAUGUCCGUUCACACUCAGUAGCAUGGGAACCAGAAAUGGACUCUUCUCAGGAUUAAUAUUGAUACACAGUACUGUAUUUAAAUGGUUUGUUAUAUGUAAUAUACUGUAAAUGUUUGCUGUACUUGCACAGUUUAUUUUUUUCUUUACAGGAUUUGCUUUGUCCUUCUUUUUUUCCAAUUUGAAAAAUAUAAUUUUUUUUGUAUGUUUGUUUUUCCUUUUCAGAUGGGUGUUUUUUUUUUUUUCACUUAAAUAUUUACACUUAGGUUUGUUAGAAUUUAUGAUUUUGCUCUGUAAAAAUAAAUGUGAAUCACAAAU